AAAAAAAAAAAAAAAAAAAAAAGAUGAGCCUAUUAGUAGUCGACCAUUUAAGCAAAUUAAUUUUUUGUUUUGAAGAAAAAUUAUCAGGUGAUGAAUUUUAUUAUAAAUCGGAAACGGUAAAACUACUAGAUAUUUUAACAAAAGAAUGUAAAACAAUUUCUUUACCAUUUUACUUUGUGUAUUUUUUGAAAUACUAUUCGAAUUUUAAAUUAGAAAAUAUGCAAAGUCAUAUAUUUUAUUCGUUUGCAAUAGAUGAUAGAUUAUAUAAAUGUUAUAAUAUGUCAUUAUUUAUAUUUUUUGACCAAGAAAAUAUAAACGGUGAUGACAAAUGUUUUAGUAAUAAGAACAAAUUAAGUACAAAUAUUGGUUGUGCUGAUUAUUGUGGUAAAAAUUAUAAGGAAAAUAAUUACGAAAAAAAAUAUAUUGAAGAAACACAAACAAAAAGCAUAGCUAUAAAUUAUAUAGAAAAAAAUAAUAAAUAUUUUGGUGUUUAUAAAAAUGAUGAUAUGUAUUUAAAUAAAAAUGAUUAUAUUACAAAUGUACGUAAUAUGAUGGUGAAAAAUAAUAAAAAAAAAUUUAAUUUGAUGUUCAACAAUAAUUAUUCAAUUUUAUCAUCGUCAUUGGAAAAAUUUAGUUUUGAAUUAUAUCCAGGAUGUUAUUAUAUAGAGAUAUUUAAUUUAUAUUUGAUGGUAUUAUUUGAUGAAAUAAAUAAAAAAUACAUUUUUAGUGUUGUUUCGAUAGAACGUUAUGGUGUAGAAGAAAGUAAAAAAUUAAUUUUUCAAUUAAAUGAUAAUAAGGAGGUCAUAACAGAUUUUAUUAAAAAUAGAAAAAUCAAUCAUAGUAGUAUAUCCCAUAUUCCUAAAAUAAAUAAUAACAAAAAUAUUUAUAUUGAUUACAAUACUGUAAAUAGGAAUAUAUCGUAUAGGAAUAAAAACGAUAUGACGCCAGCAAAAAAAUUAUUUUUAACAGAAACCAUGUCGAGGAAUCAAAAUAUUUAUACACUUGGUGUGAACAUACGUUACAAAAAAAAAAAAAAUGAGCAAAAUAAAAAUAAAUAUAAAACUGUAUUUAACUUAUGUAAAAAGAAAAACGAUAUGUUAAGAAUUGAUAAAAAUUUAUUUACAUAUUUCUUAGAAAUGAAGGGGGUAAAAACAUAUAAUAACAAUCGUUUAAUACUAUCGCUAUAUAAUAUCAGGAAGUGGAUGCCUUGUUUUAUUAAAUACUUUUUAUUUUCUCAAUACAGAAAUAAUAAAAAAUAUGUAUUAUUGUUAUUAUUAUUAUUAUCAAUUAAGAAAACUUUGAAACAUAUAAGCUGGAUAAUACACAAUAGUAAUUAUUUGGUAAAGAGAGACAAAAAAAUUCGAGCAUGGAUACAGCUAAAUAUUUUCAUGAGUAAAUUUUUAUUUAAUAAUUAUUCUUUUCGUAAUUUAAACAAAACUUAUGAACAUGUACUACAUAUUUUAGAACAAUGUUUUUUAAGUUUUUUUUUUGAGCUAAUAAAAAAAAAAAAUGAUAUUCAACACGUUAUCUCGCUUAAGAGUAUGGUGUUUCCUAAUAGUAACAAGAACUUUUUGCUAGUUUAUGCUACAGGUAAUAAUAAUAAUAAUAAUAAUAAUAAUAAUAAUAAUAAUAAUAAUUGUGAAUAUAAUGACUGUACUGAUAAUGAUAAUGAUGAUGAUGCACAUCAAGGUGAUGGUAGUAGUGAUGGUAGCCAGAGAGGUGGUGAUAAUAGUGGUAGUGGUGAUAGUGGUGGUAAUAGUGAUAAUGGUAGUGGUAAUAACGGUAGUAGUAAUAACGGUAGUAAUAAUAGUGGUAGUAGUAAUAGUGGUAGUAGUAAUAGUGGUA